CGGGUAUGGGAGGAUUAUCUCCUUCUAUCUCCUCCCACAGUGACUCCUUGCAUACAAGUGGCAAGGCAGUAAUCCCAAAGAAAGCUGUGAUCUUUUCAUGUUAAGAAAAGCCAUUUGAUUCCCUUUUAAGACAAGAUCUGAUCGAAAGGGAGAUAUGGUGACAAUGUUAUGGAGAGACGGAGCCAUGGUAAAGGCAGUGGGCAGCCUAACCAGUGCAGCAGAACCUACACAAGCUGUGCCAGAAGAUAAGAAUCUGGAGGUGGCUGACAUUGUGGUCCUGGUUGUGUAUUUGCUUUUUGUCUUGGCUGUCGGACUCUGGUCCAUGUACAGGACAAAGAGGAACACGGUGAAGGGCUACUUCCUCGCUGGGAAGGACAUGGUGUGGUGGCCGAUCGGAGCCUCGCUCUUUGCCAGUAAUGUGGGAAGUGGUCAUUUCAUUGGAUUGGCAGGCACUGGGGCUGCCUCUGGUAUCGCAGUCAGUGCAUAUGAGUUCAACGGAAUGGUUAUUCUCAUCCUGCUGGCGUGGUUCUUCCUGCCCAUCUACAUUUCAGCUGAGGUCACCACCAUGCCUGAAUACUUACUGAAGCGAUUUGGGGGCCAAAGAAUCCGACUUUUUAUUGCAAUUCUCUAUUUGUUCAUCUAUAUAUUUACAAAGAUAUCAGUGGAUAUCUAUGCAGGAGCUAUCUUUAUUCAACAAGCUCUCCACUGGGACUUGUACAUUGCAGUAGUUGGGUUAUUGGUGAUCACCACCCUCUACACUGUUGGAGGUGGUCUGGCGGCAGUAAUAUACACUGAUGCACUCCAGACUGUCAUCAUGUUGAUCGGAGCUCUCAUUCUCAUGGGAUAUGCUUUUGCUGAAGUUGGAGGUUACUCAGGCCUUCAGGAGACGUACUUCUAUGCUAUUCCAAGUGUCCGUGACUUCAACACCUCCUGUGGCUAUCCAAGAAAAGAUGCUUUCCACAUUUUCCGGGAUCCCGUGACCUCUGACUUUCCUUGGCCAGGAGUACUGAUUGGAAUGACAAUCCCUUCCAUCUGGUAUUGGUGCACGGACCAGGUCAUCGUCCAGAGGUCCCUGUCUGGCAGGACACUCCUACAUGCCAAAGGUGGCUCCUUGUUCGCUGCCUGCUUAAAGAUCUUGCCCAUCUUUAUAAUGGUUCUCCCGGGUAUGAUCAGCCGAGUGCUCUUUCCAGAUCAAGUGGCCUGUGCUGACGCCGACACCUGCCUUAGGAUCUGCGGUAACCCGAAUGGUUGCUCCGACAUCGCCUACCCAAAGCUGGUAAUGGAGUUACUGCCAGGAGGGCUGCGGGGCCUGAUGAUGUCAGUCAUGAUCGCUGCUCUCAUGUCCUCCCUCACUUCAAUCUUCAACAGCGCGAGCACAUUAUUUACAAUGGACAUCUGGCACCACCUCCGGCCCCAUUGCUCCGAAUGGGAGCUCAUGGUUGUUGGCAGGGUGUUUGUGCUGGUGCUGGUGGUCAUGUCCGUCCUCUGGAUUCCUCUGGUGCAAAUCAGCCAAGGUGGCCAGCUCUUCAUGUACAUCCAGUCCAUCAGUUCCUAUCUGCAACCGCCGGUGGCAGUGGUCUUCAUGGCCGGAUGCUUCUGGAGACGGACAAAUGAGAUGGGUGCAUUCUGGGGCCUCCUCACAGGGAUCCUGGUGGGCUGCUGUCGAAUGGUUUUGGAUUUUAUUUACCCGGAGCCUCUGUGUAGCCAACCUGACGAGCGGCCGCUGAUCACCAAACAUGUUCACUACCUGCACUUCUCCAUCCUCCUCUCUGUCUUCACACUGAUCAUGGUGGUGGCCAUCAGUCUCAGCACCACGCCUCCAGACCCUGACAAGGUUAACCGCUUGACCUGGUUCACCCGUUUUGACGGAACCAAUUCUGUGAUAGGCCAGAGUGAAACAGUUGCUCCAAGAUUUGGGGUGAGACGAUCUGAAGAAGAUAACAAGAACCAAGAGGGAAUCAGCAACACAAACAAACUCAACCUGUCAACAGACCAAUUUGAAGAAGUUAAGAUUGAUUCAGAGAAAAUCACCAUCAUGAGCCAUGUCAACAUCCCAGCAGGUGAAUCGGAGAAGCAAAGGUCGAAGCUGAUUUCAUUUCUGCUGUGGUUCUGUGGGAUGGAUAAGAAGGAAGAAGCAGAUAGCCCUACAUCGACCGAAGCUCUAGACAACACACACUUGCUCAAAGAGGAAUCUUGCAUGCGUUAUUUCAUUAAUGCUAAUUUAAUCGUCUGCUUGAGUGCUGCUGUGUUUCUCUAUGCUUAUUUUGCUUAAAAGAAUGGAAUGAUGCAAUGUUUCUUACAUUUAUACUCC